GCCGAUUUCCAAUUGUUAUGAAAACUUGAAAUCGGCCCGACCUCUGCUCUAAACAGGAGCAGACAUUUUCACAUUGAAGAUGUACCAACAGGGAUGCUCAUUUGCGUUCUCAUAGCAUUUACAGUAUAUUCUUUCUUUAUUUUUUGGGUACUUUUUACCCCUUUUUCGUGAUAUCCAAUUGAUAGUUACAGUCUUGUCGCUGCAACUCCCGUACGGACUCGGGAGAGGCGAAGGUCGAGAGCCAUGCAUCCCCCGGAACACAACCCUGCCUAGCAGCACUGCUCGCUUAACCCGGAAACCAAUGUGUCGGAGGAAACACCGUACAGCUGGCUACAGAGGUCAGUGUGCAUGAACCCGGCCCACCACAAGGAGUCACUAGAGCGCGAUGAGACAAGGACAACCCGGACAAUGCUGGUACAAUUGUGCGCCGCCUCACGGGUCUCCCUGUUGUGGCCGGCUGCGACACAGCCUGGGAUCGAACCCGGGUCUGUAGUGACGCCUCAAGCACUGCAAUGCAUUGCCCUAGACUGCUGCGCCACACAGGAGGCCCUAUUUACAGUAAAUUGUAAUGGUUUAAAUGAUUGUGAUAUCAUAUGACUGUGAUAUAAUUUCGUCCAGGGCCAACAUAUUAUUUUCAACGUAAUUAAUUAAAAGCUACCCUUCGUAAGGCAUGCACACCUCAUCCUGGGUUGGCACCCAAAGAAAGAAGGCAUUUGAACUGUAAUGUUUGAUCAACUCUACAGGAGGUCGUUCAUAUGUUAGCAAAUAUCAAUGCCACUUACAUGCCGCUCAGAGCAAGCCGUAGCUACCAUGCUAACCACUUUGGCCCUGACGUUGAAAUCAUUUACCUGUCCGUUGGAGAUAGAGACCAGUACAGCCUACUAAGGGUUAAUUCCCAACCGAUCACUUGAUUCCACAUCAGUGGUUCCUAAACUUUUGUUUGCAACAACAAAAAAAUGACGCAAGCCUAAAAAUCUUUCUUGACACCCACCAAUACAACAAAUUCUCACCUAGCCUUCAGGUGCCACAAUGCCGAAGAUACAGACUUUCUCACCCUCCACUCUUUAAACUUUUGGCUACACUGUCCUGUCAAGACGGGCACAGAUCAUAGAUCUGUAAAUGAAGAGAAAGAUUUAACAGAAUGGACUGGAUGAGUGUACAGAUGUAGAAUCUUAAUUUGAGCCAGUUUGCUACAACACGAAAAUAAUCCUGUAGCAACAGGAAAUGUGAAUUAUUACGUGGAUUAUAAUGAAUGGAGAUUUUCUCCUGCAUUAGGGUGAUCAUAUUGAAAUCUUACGUCUUUAGCUAGCUAUACUAUCUACAGUAUGUUGUAUGCAUCUGUGUGACCAGUGUUCCUGUUGUUCAGUGGAUAAGGCAGUGAUAUCCCCCCAGAUAACCUGGAGGAGAGACUAAUCUAGUGGCUCCAGUAAUGCACUAGAGGUCAGGGGUCGUCUGCCCUUAUUGCCAUAAAUCAACCUGGCAUCAGCCUUGCAUUAGUUUACUGAAAGGUCAAGCCUUAUAAACUCACACAUGACUCGACCAAUGGCUGGCUGCUACACUGAAGAUUAUUAUGUGCUCCAGUGGUGAUGUCAUCUAAACUCUUACAGUCCUCCACUGAUGAUUUCUGUUUCUAAACCUAUUGGGUCAUUUUGGUCUGGUAUUUGGUUUAUAUUUUGCCUCGUCUUUCCUGGUUUUGGUUUUGUUGAGGAUUGUAUUGGCUGGUUAGGGUUUGAAUUGGCUGUAUUUUUCAGCAGGUGGUUUUGUUUGAACACUGGCUGGUUGUGGAGUAUAAUUCUACAGUGUGUUCUGGAGAACUCAACUGUAUCCUUUUGGCUUUCUGAGAAAUGUAUUCUUGGUUAAAGAUCCUGGCAGACGGUAAAGUGGUCAAGCCCUCUGUUUCAAUGGCGUUUGAGAAUCUGCCUGUUAAAUGUAGUGUAACUUAAUGCAGGAUGAGGCCUAACCGGUAGUCGAUCACCACGUCCACAUUCAAACCUACUACUGGUUACAUUACAGCAGGAGAUCAGGGGGGGGGGACUGAGAAGGGAAGGAGUGAGAUGGAAAUAGGGAAAUAAGAACAUCUCAUCAGAUGCAACACACACACACAUCAUAUUGCCAUUAUUCCCGACCCGCUUAAUCCCAGAAUGUUAAAAAACAAAACAAAUCUAGGUCAAGGCUGCGCUCCCUCUGGGGAAUGGGCCAAAUGUCUUUAGCAGAUUAAGACAAGAUGAUAAUGACGAUGAUUAUGAUCCAGAACAGACCGGGCCCUUUGUCAAAAUGAAUGUUGCUGCUUUAGUGGUGUUGUCUUUUAUAAUCUGUUGUUUGACAGGAUCAGGCUGCCAAGCUGAUUGAGCAAGUCUAAAGCCAUGUCUGUUGGUCGGUCGGUCGGGUUGCCUGUCUGGUGUCAAACAUCAGGCCCUCCUGUCCCUCUCCAUCUCUUUCCGUCUCAGUAGGAUCUGUGGUUCUCACAGUCUUAAUCACACGUAUCUCUCUCUCUCUCUCUCUGUCUCUCUCUCUCUCGGUUUAAAUUUAAGAUAAAUAAAUAACCUAAUGGAUAAGAAAGUAUUGUCUCAUUUCUGGGCCCAGUCUUCCCCUCUGUCCUAGGCUCUCUGUUCUUCUUCUCUAUCUAGCGCAGAGCUAGUGUAAUGUGGACCGUCAGAGUGUGGACCUGUGGUUCUAUUGAUCCAAUUACUUUGUCAUUGCCCUCGGCGGCUCUUCUCCUCUCCAGCGUGGCUCGCUGCUGCUCACUCUGCACGACAUCUCUCUCGCUCUCUCUCUCAGCUUGCGCUGGAGGAUCCUCAUAUAACAUCUCCAAAUUAUAGUUGAAGGAGAAAAUUAAAUAUUGACUGUAGUCUUAUUAAAAUGAAUAGAGUAUGGUUUUACCCCACACUGGUGGCUGCCUCUGUGCACAGCCUGGAACAUAUCAAUGAUUAAACACAGAAAAGUGUCUGAUAACCCAGGCCGGUGAAGACAAGAACUGUGUGUGUGUGUGUGUGUGUGUGUGUGCAUGGGGUCAGAGUUCUACGUUUGAUAAACAAACAGAACCCUUGUUCAUAUCAUACUUACUAUAUAAGUGCAACCUUGCACUUUUAAAACACCAGUGUUUUUUCUUCCAGGUUCCCACCUUUCUCAAAGUUACACCAGUGAAGUAAGUCUGUGGUACUGUACAGUGUAGUCCCCUUCUGUUGCACAGGGUCCCACCUUUCUCAAAGUUACACCAGUGAAGUAAGUCUGUGGUACUGUCCAGUGUAGUCCCCUUCUGUUGCACAGGGUCCCACCUUUCUCAAAGUUACACCAGUGAAGUAAGUCUGUGGUACUGUCCAGUGUAGUCCCCUUCUGUUGCACAGGGUCCCACCUUUCUCAAAGUUACACCAGUGAAGUAAGUCUGUGGUACUGUACAGUGUAGUCCCCUUCUGUUGCACAGGGUCCCACCUUUCUCAAAGUUACACCAGUGAAGUAAGUCUGUGGUACUGUACAGUGUAGUCCCCUUCUGUUGCACAGGGUCCCACGCCUUCUCUGGGAAGCAUUCAACCGUAUGAACUGAUCUCAUGUGCCGUUAAAUAUAUGCAGAAAUCGAGGGGAAGAGGGAGGGAGAGAGAGGGUUAGAGAGAGAGAGAGAGAUAGGGAGACAGAGAGUGCAAGAGAGAACAGAGAGAGUAAAUACUCCGUGUAACAUACAGUAUUACCACGAUUCAUGGUUCUCAUGAGGUACUUUCUACAGCCUCACAUUCUUCCCCAAUCAUCCAUUGCGUCACCAGACCCCUGUGCCUCGCACAACAUGGAUUGAGUGGAUGUGCUCUGUACAUGAAUAGGAUAGAAAUUGGAUAUGUUAUCCCCAUCGUGGCCCUUAUUGGUAGUUUGUUCCAUUAUUGUGGCUGUCUGCGUUGAAUAAUGAAACAUUGCCAUUGUGUUACUGUGCAGCGUACAUUAUGAAAAAUAUGUGGACAUGCAAACUAAAAUGCCCAUGAAUGCACUCUCUCAUAAACGCAAACGACGAGAUAAGAGAGGUGACGUAUCCACGAAGAUAACGAAUGAAUGAAUGAAUGGAUGUCAGAGAGAAUAGCCUUGCAAAUGUAUUAUUGGCUAAUACAGAAAUUGAAAGUGUGGUUUGUUCAAGAUCAGUGUACUGUUUGUGUUACACUUUACCUGUGUAUGCAGGAUGGGUUUGAUAUGGUACUGGUUUGGUUCACAGUGUCCUGGCCUCAAUGGAGCCUGUCUCUGAGGACUUCUCUCCUGCCUUCUCAUGCCUGUUCAGUGCAGUGGCAAAGUCAAUAGGAGCCUUUUAUCUAGUCAAUAUAGACUGGUGACAGGACAGGGCUGCUGCACAAACUGCAAGAACUACUCUCUGGGUGAGUUUCACAGAGCCUAAUGGGACAACGCAGUCCGGGCUGGGAUGGAGGAGGAAGAGAAGAAGGGGGAGGAGGAAGAAGAGGAGGAAGAAAGAAUAGAGGGAUUUAUAUUCAGAACAGUUAUUUCAGGAUGUCAUAUGAUGCUGUGGAUUUGAAACAUCACCUCCCUGUAUUAGCAUGGUCUGUGUGGACAUGGUGGACAGUACGAAGGGAAACACCAACACGGUAAUGGUGAUCUGAGGUGUUAUUUAGGAAAGCCUCUAUCCGGGGGGAGUAACUGCCAUGCCUCAUUGCCCUUUCAGCUUAUCUAGAUUAUCCCAGGGAGACUGAGGGACUACCAUAAUCAUUCCAGCAUCGUAAUAGGAGGAACUGGACUAUGUACAGUGCCAGGAAAUGUCUCAGAGAAAAAUCAGGUCAAGUCCUUUGUUUUGCCUGGGAGGGCAUGGAGGUGUCUGAUGAUCCAAAAGAACCUCCACCACCACAGCUCAGCUGCAACGCCAGCACCACCCCCAGCACCUCUGCCAUACCCAGCACCACCCCCAGCACCACUGCCAUACCCAGCCUCAAUCCAAACCCCAGCACCUCUGCCAUACCCAGCACCUGUGCCAUACCCAGCCUCAAUCCAAACCCCAGCGCCUCUGCCAUACCCAGCACCUGUGCCAUACCCAGCCUCAAUCCAAACCCCAGGGCAAGCCCCACUGCCAUACCCAGCCUCAUUCCAUUACCCAGCACCAGCACCACUGGCAUUCCCAUUCUCAGUCCCAGCCCCUACUUCACUGCCAUAACCAGCCUCAGACCCAGCACCACUGCCAUACCGCGCAUCAGUCCUAGCCUCAGUCCAAGCCUCAGUCCAAGCCUCAGUCCAAGCCUCAGUCCUCGCCUCAACACCAUUGCCAGCCUUAGCAUCAUUCCCAGCACCACUGCCAUACCCAGUCUCAGUCCCAGUCUCAGUCCCAGUCUCAGUCCCAGCCUCAGUCCAAGCCUCAGUCCAAGCCUCAGCCUCUGCACCAUUGCCAGCCCCAGCCUCAGUCCAAGCCUCAGUCCCAGCCUCAGUCCAAGCCUCAGUCCAAGCCUCAGCCUCUGCACCAUUGCCAGACCCAGCCUCAGUCCAAGCCUCAGUCCAAGCCUCAGCCUCUGCACCAUUGCCAGCCCCAGGCUCAGUCCAAGCACCACUGCCAGCCCCCACCUUAGUCCCAAACCCAGCACCACUGCCAGCCCCAGCCUCACACCCAGCACCACUGCCAGCCCCAGCCUCACACCCAGCACCACUACCAGCCCCAGCCUCACACCCAUCACCACUGCCAGCCCCAGCCUCACACCCAUCACCACUGCCAGCCCCAGCCUCACACCCAGCACCACUGCCAGCCCCAGCCUCACACCCAGCACCACUACCAGCCCCAGCCUCACACCCAUCACCACUGCCAGCCCCAGCCUCACACCCAUCACCACUGCCAGCCCCAGCCUCACACCCAGCACCACUGCCAGCCCCAGUCUCGUACCCAGCACCACUGCCAGCCUCAAUCCCAGCACCACUGCCCGCCUCAGUCCCAGCACCACUGCCCGCCUCAGUCCCAGCACCACUGCCAGCCUCAGUCCUAGCACCACUGCCAGCCUCAGUCCCAGCACCACUGCCAGUCUCAGUCCCAGCACCACUGCCAGCUUCAGUCCCAGCACCAUUGCCAGCCCCAGCAUCAGGCCCAGCACCACUGCCAGCCUCAGCCUCAGCACCACUGCCAACCUCAGUGCCAGCACCACUUCCCGCCUCAGUCCCAGCACCACUGCCAGCCUCAGUGCCAGCACCACUGCCAGCCUCAGUGCCAGCACCACUGCCAGCCUCAGUGCCAGCACCACUGCCAGCCUCAGUCCCAGCACCACUGCCAGCCUCAGUCCCAGCACCACUGCCAGCCUCAGUGCCAGCACCACUGCCAGUCUCAGUGCCAGCAACACUGCCAGCCUCAGUCCCAGCACCACUGCCAGCCUCAGUCCCAGCACCACUGCCAGCCUCAGUGCCAGCCCCAUCCAUGAUCCCACACCUUUGCUUCUCUCGUCCCACUUGGCUGUGGCUGAAUGUUCACUCUGCUUUGCUCUGCUCUCCAGUGGAUUGCUCCUCUGCCACAAGCCUAGCAACAGUGUGACAUUUGGAGUCCCUCAGGUCACAGCUAAAAGGUUUCCCAGUGAAAGGACAAUGUGGGUUGUCCAUUACACUAUUAGCAGGUCAUAUGAGGCGGAAAGCCCACAGCCUUGGGGGGAACCCCGCGCUAACUCACAGUGGCAACGUCAUUCAACUGAAAUGCAAUCAAAGCAGGGAUGUCUUGUUAUGAAUGUCAGAGCGUCACAUGCAGCCACAGGAGGCACGUCCUUGUAGUAUUUGUGGGGCUCUUAUGAAAUGUGUCACAACCCAGUGAGUCUGCAAGGUCAAAGCAACUUGGGAAAAAAGCUCAGAAAUGCCAUGGCAACAGUGUUUUCUGUUAUUUCCAUUAUGCUUCAAUAGACAUAGCUACAGUAUAUCGAGAAUUAUUUUAGCAGUAGCAUAGUCUCCACUUCAAAUCAGCUCAAGAAGGACAGCUGGAUGUUAGAGUCCCAGGCAGCAGCAAGCACCACUUGGCACAAUACAGUAGCACACAUCCAUUCCAUUGUAACUGCCCCAGCUGUGUACCACUGUGUACUACUGCAGCCUCCUGUUGUUCCAUACUGUAGCUAGGUUCUGAGUCAUGGUCUCCUCUACCCUAGGUGGCUCAGCUCCCAGGUCCACUCUGCCCCGAGACCAGGACUGCGUCUCAAAUCAAAUGGUAUUAGUCACAUGUGCCAAGUACAACAGGUGUGAACUUUAAUCUGCUUCCAUUUGCACCCUUUUCCCUUUGUAGUGCACUACUUUUGACCAGAUUACUGCAGUAGGGUGCCAUUUGGGAAGGAGGGUGUGAGUCACUGUUGUUUUUACAGUGUAAUAAAACCCCAGCAUAGGUGAAGGUUAAGCAGACCACUGGGAUUUGAGCGGAGGGUGGGUGAGGUGGGGUAGAGGGUGACCUUUACGAAGUGCACAUGAGAGAGAGAGGGGUGGGGUGCUGGAGAAGUAGUGAGAAGGGGGGGGCAUGGCUCUGGUGACCACAUUAGACACCGUCUGUGAGAAACUGCAGCUAUAUGAACUCUGACACAUCACAAGCUGAAAAGGUCAAAGGACAGGGUUCUCAAAAGCUGCCUGCCUUGGUGUUUACAGGGGUGUUGAUGUGGUGCAAGAGAGAGAGAGGGGCAGAAAUGUACCAAGGGAAAAGACAUGA